UCCGUAUAGAGCGAGAAUCGGGCCAACGCCAUCAUAAUCAAAAUAACAACAAACGUCGCGAUUUGGUGGGGGUAUAUCUGAUUGUUAAAAGUCGCGGGGAGGGAGUUCGCCGAACGUGACGUCCCCAAACAGACGACUUUGUCGCAGGCACGUUAAUGUAAGCAAGACUUGUGACGUCACGUCGGGCCGUUCUGCUUUCGUCAGGGAUGAGUAGUUUUGAAAACAAGUUGUGUGUGUUGUUGGCUUAUGGCUAGCCCGCCGUUGGUUGGUAGGGUGGGUGCAGACUGCUGCCGCGGUAAAUAGAACCCGUGUAACAAAACACAAAACAAUAACAAUACUAAUAUAAUUAAAAGAGAACAGUCGUGUCGUCAUAGUUCGAAUUGUCUGAACGGCUUGGAAAAUCGGACAGUAAUUUUCCGUCGACAAGCAUUCGUAGCUGCUACAGAAGUCACGAGGCGAAAGGUGAUAACAAAAAGGUUUCGCGUUAAAAUGGACGCUCUAAGGGAACAGGUGAUGAUUAAUCAGUUCGUUCUGGCCGCCGGGUGCGCCAGGGAACAGGCGAAACAGUUACUACAAGCUGCUCACUGGCAGUUCGAGACAGCAUUGAGUAUAUUUUUUCAAGAAGCUGCUAUACCCUCGUGCGCUCAAGGACCGGGAACACAUUUUGGACAGAUCACACCGUGCAAUACGCCGGCUACACCUCCAAAUUUCCCGGACGCAUUAUUAGCAUUUUCUAAAAUGUCUGCUGGAGACAAAACGCCUUCUGGCAUGUCUCCGAGCCAGAAUGGGCAGGUACCCCAUCAGCACCCAGGUGGCAGGUGUAGCGUUUCUGGUACACAACAACAAACCAGCCAAUCUUUUGGACUCGGUGAGCCACAGAGAUAAAACAAACCUACCAGCGUGCAAUUUAAAUAAAAGAUGUAAUAACUAGUACAGUGAUCGUGUUACAUGAUUCCUAAAAAAAAUAGGAUGCAGAUCAUCGUAAGAAGAGUUUUAUUUUUUAUUCUUCUCUGAGUGAUGAUUAUAUUGUUGACAGACUAUCGGAUACACAGAGUUCUCAUCCGUAGUGGGGAUGGUCCGCGUAUGAAGAACUUCGUUACAGUCAUGCCUGUAUAGUGUGUGUGUGUGUGUGUGUGUGUAGUAUAUAUAUAUAUGUGUAUAUACAUAUAUAUUCAACACCAUAAAUACAGAAUUUUAUCUCCAAUCAGUUACGUAUCUAGUUCAGGAGUAUCAGCCAAUUGAGAUGUUUCUUCUUUUUUAAUUUUUACCUUCCAUACUCACUAGACUUUCGAAAAACCCAAACCCGAAUUGAUUUUUUUUUCAAUUAUAUGAUACGAAAACGAAUCUGUAAAAUUCACUAGUAAUCAAACUCGGGGUCAGUUGAUGAAAUAUUCGUGGUUUUUUUUUUUUUUUUUACUAUGGAUAUCUUGACUUGUUGAGGAGCGUUUGCCGCUCCGAUAUUUCAAGUACCUAGAGUUCCUAUUGUAUUGAAAAUGCAGCAAUCAAUAGAUCUUAUUUAUUAUAGUUUAAUGGAAAAACAUGUAUUUUUUUAAACGAACAUGAUAACAAGCGUCAAAAGUGUUGGAAGUGUUAGGUUGAGUUAAGUUGAUUAAAUGUUGACGAAAACGCAUGGCCAUCCCCAAAAAUGAAGAAACGAAAAUAAAGGAAAACUUGUAGUACAAGAAACUCGUGUUACUGAAUAUGUACGUUAUUCUCUUGAAAACACUGAGUCGUUGCCACCUGCAUUGAAAUAUAGCUUCUAACAGAUAUGGCAUACUUACAGAGUAAUUCAUAUGGUUAUUAUAAUACAUAAUUCACAAAAAAGCAAAUCAUUUUAAUCUAUUCACAUCUUUUUUUUACUAUAAUACACACCGCUGAGAUGAAUUCAAUGAUAGGGUUAUUUUUUUAGCGGUAGUCCAAACUCUGAAACUUAUUUCAUGACGUGACAUGAAAAUAAGAAGUGGAGGAAAAAAUAGUCAAAUGAAUGAACUUAUUCCGUAUGGGUGAAUAAAUUUGAAGAAAAAUUUGCCAUUUUUUUAACGAUUUUUUCCAUUUUGAAUUUGAAAACGAUUCAGUGAACUAUGAUCCAUUGUGACUUACAUUGUAAAAUAGUAUACUUACACUGAUAGCAGAUCUUUCCUUUUAUCUCUGUCUCUCUUCCUGUUGUUCUCAGAUUGAAUGAGAAUAAAUAAUUUAACUGAAUGUUAAAGCUGCAACAAGAACAGGGCUUUGAUGAUUCAGUCUGACGAAAAAAAUGAACAUGAAACGAAAUAAGCCCUAUUUAUAACUUGAGGUUGAAAUGCUUGGUCAUAAGCCAAUUUGCUAAUUAUAAAACUUAGAAAUUUGUCAAAAUCUUUGGUGAUAAGGUUUAUACCAAAUCUAUAUGAAAGAAAUAAAUCAAUAAAAUAAAUCAAUACUAUCAAUUUUGACCUCUGAAAAACUGUAAUAUGUAAUCAGCACCCCUACAUAAGCGUGAAAAUGGAAUGAAGUGAUAUUUUAAGUUAUAAAAAUCAUUUUGGACAUUGUCUUAAUCCUAGUGAUGACAAAUUUAACGAUUAAUCAUGUAAUUCUUAAGUAUAGUUAUCUGCUCAGAUAAGACGUAAUGAUUGUAUUUGCUGAGUUGCGUCAAAAACGCAAUUUGUUUUGCCGGAAAUAUAUAUGGAGCUAUAAAUUGACGACUACAAUUAGCUGCUUAAAAUAUGUCAAUUUUUUCUUUAGAGUAGUGCAGCUCUAUUGCGUUAUUUCUUAUUUAUGAAAAUAAACAUGUAUUUCUACAAUUUAUUGAUCAAUUCUUAGACUUGUUCAAAUAUCAUUGAUAAAAGUCAUUAUCCAGUACUGCAAUUUGUGUUAGCUAACGACAAACUCAGUCUUUCGUCCUCAUUUGCGCCAGCAGUAUUCAAAUUUUAGUUUCUUAUUAUACUAGUUGCGCUAAAUCAUUGUGAUAGUUUUUUCCAUUUAACAACUACGAAUACCCAUUAUAUCAUACACAUUACUGUUAUUUGUUACUAAGAUUUAUUACUGCCAUAAUUAUUUAAUAUUAUUCUAGUGCAGACUUACAUAAGCGGAGUUGUUUAGCACAAUUUUAGACGACCGUGUGUCGACUGAUGAUGUAUCAUAUCUAUAAAUAAAAUUCGAGACAAUUCUACCUAAAAAUUACUACAAAAAAAAGUAAGAAAAAACGAAGUUUUAUUGCUAAUGAAAACUGUAUAAUGUAUUAUUUUCAUCGUGUAAAUCGUUGUUUUAAUAACGUGUAGUGAUCAGAUGAAAAUCUUAUUGUGUACUUGCAGGUGUAAAAACAAGAAAAAACAAAAGAAACAAUUGCAUCUAGAAAUCUUAUAGUAUCGACAGUUGUACACGUUUUAAAUUGUGAGCAGUUUUUUUACAUAUGGCUAUUUUCUUUUACUCGAAUUACCCAUGAUCUAGUAACUUUGUAUUUGUUACAUUGAGCAAAUUUCAAUGAAUGUAAUAACUGGAAACUGUCGUUGACACGAUCUUAUGACAAUAAUAACACUUGGCAUGGAUCAAUCUUAUCUCCGUAUCUUGUGGCUCUCAAAUCCUUAUGCUCGCAUUUUAAUGUGUUGAUGUUAUUGCUUCUAGUGGAAUUUUUCCCAUCAUAAGUGUAUUUCUACGGACAUAUAUAAUAACCACUUAUUUUAACAAUACUAUAGUUAACGAUUUUCAUUAGCCGGUGUUAGUCAUUCACCUUGCUAUCGAUUUUUCAGACGCCAAGUUCAUUUAUUACUAAAACAGGAUUCCAAUUGAUUAAUUGUAAUAAAUAAAAUA